CUGUAUACAUUUGAAAAGGCUGACUUAUUAAUUUGUCUAUUUUUUUUUUUUUAACAGCUGAAAGCUGAUGUGGUCCCAAAGACAGCAGAAAACUUCAGGGCUCUUUGUACUGGUGAGAAAGGAUUUGGGUAUAAAGGAUCCACUUUUCACAGAGUGAUUCCUUCGUUUAUGUGCCAGGGUGGUGACUUUACAAACCAUAAUGGAACCGGUGGAAAAUCCAUUUACGGCAGUAGAUUUCCAGAUGAAAAUUUCAUUCUUAAGCAUGUAGGACCUGGUGUUCUUUCAAUGGCCAAUGCAGGACCCAACACAAAUGGAUCCCAGUUCUUCAUUUGCACUGCAAAAACUGACUGGCUAGAUGGAAAGCACGUGGUCUUUGGGCAUGUAAAGGAAGGAAUGGAUGUAGUGAAAAAAAUCGAGAGCUUUGGUUCCAAGAGUGGAAAGCCCUCCAAAAAGAUUGUCAUUACUGACUGUGGCCAGCUGUCCUAACCUUUUGCCUUACCCUUCAUGACAACUUGGAUGCUGUGAAAAAUGAAUCAUAAGAACAUCCAAACAUUUCUGAUCUCAUGAGUAGCACCUAUGGAACCAUGUUUUUUAUUUAACUUGCUUCAACUUUUGUACUUAUAUUGAAUAAUAUUGAUUUUAAAUAUAAAAUAAUAACUGAAGCAUGUUGUAACUGCACCACUGUGGUAGUCACACUGGUUUGGUAGAGUCCCCUUGUGUUUUGCAACAAGUGCUAAAGUCAGGCUGUGUGUACCUGCAGUGUUGAUGCUGUCCUUAGUAUUUGGAUGUUUCAGGUGUCAGAAUGGAUGGUGGAGUUGACAGCAGGGGUUCUGCAGUUGGGGGUUAGGCAUAAAUUGAGAAAUGCUGUGUUUCCUUUGGUGCUAAUAAAUGCUUAUUCUGUUGUUCGUCUCAUCAUUUUGAAGCAAUACUGCUGACCAGUGCUCUCAAGGCUGUCUGUGACAACACUGGCAUUUUUUUUUUGUGUCUCAAUUAAAUUCUAU